AAAGCAGUACCAGCAGACAGAGAUAACUACGAUGUGGUCUCCAUUCACUCCACAGUAUUGAUACUCUUAACGUUCAAACUUCGAAUCUCUCUCUCUCUCUUCAAUUUCCCAUCAAAUUUGUACUCUGAAAAGCUAAUACCCUUUUUUCUCUACCUCUGCGCCUUCCCCCUCUUUCUCACUCUCUCUCUCUCUAAAGAAGGAACAACCCAGAAAAGUAAAGCAGAGGAGAGAGAGCCUGAAAUGCUACCAAGGGCUAACGGCGUCGGUUGGAUGGGAGGAGAAGAAGAUGACGCAGUUUCGUGGACAAGAAACAACGAUGGAGAUACAAAGGACGACGACAUGAACGCUUCUCUCUCUACCUUCAAAUCCAUGCUCGAAAGUGACUGGUAUAUAAACAAUGCUCUCAACCCAUCUCACCAAGACAUCCACACCAUCCCAAACCACCAUGAAUUCAAGGACAUGAACAUGACCUUCUGUUCAAACCCAACUGACCACAAUCUGUUGUUACAACCAAUGGACUCGUCCUCCUCCUGUUCUCCGUCACAGGCGGCAUUUACCCUCGACCCAUCACAGAUUCAGUCGUUUUUGCCACCUAAAUCUUGUUUCUCUUCACUCUUUAAUGUUGUUUGCAACAACCCUUUUGACAAUGGCUUCGAUUUGGGCUGUGACGCUAAUUUUCUUGCACAUCAGAGCUCGAAUUCCCCUGUUUUGAUGGGUUUCAAUAGUUUGAGUUCCCAAACUCACAUGGCCACUCCGGAGUUGAAUUCCAACUCUGAGUUUCCGACCAACCGUUUGCUGCCGAUGAUUGACAACAACAACAACGCCAUUGGCGGCACGUUUGCUCCUCCGACUGGUUUCGAGGGGUCCGGGGAUGCUCUGAUUAUGAACAGGUCUAAGGUUUUGAGGCCUCUUGAAGUUUUACCACCGGUUGGAGCACAGCCCACACUCUUUCAGAAAAGAGCGGCGUCGAGGCAGAAUUCUGGUGGAGCCAACAAAUUUGGGAAUUUGGGGCUUUUGGGGGGUUCGACUUCAAUGGGGAUUGAUGGGAAUUGGGGAAAGAGAGAGGAUGAUGGAGAAUCGGAGAAGAAGAGGAAGAGAAACAGUGAGGCCGAUGAAGUUGAGGAAGCGAGUAUUGAUGUUUCAGGUCUGAAUUAUGAUUCUGAUGAGCCUCCUGAGAAUAAUAAGAUGGAUGAGAUUGGGAGUAUUAGUAUUAACGGUGGAAAUAACUCAAUUGCAAACAGCACAGUUACGGUUGGAGAUCAAAAGGGGAAGAAGAAGGGACUUCCAGCAAAAAAUUUGAUGGCAGAGAGGCGUCGGAGGAAGAAGCUCAACGACAGGCUUUACAUGCUUCGCUCUGUUGUCCCUAAGAUCAGCAAGAUGGAUAGAGCUUCAAUACUUGGGGAUGCCAUUGAGUACUUGAAGGAGCUUCUGCAAAGAAUUAACGAUCUUCAUAAUGAACUGGAGGCGACCCCACCAGGCUCUUUGCUGACGCCUACGACAAACUUCCAUCCAUUGACACCCACCCCACCCACACUUCCUUAUCGCGUCAAGGAAGAACUAUGUCCAAGCUCGUUACCGAGUCCUAAAAGCCAACCUACAAGGGUGGAGGUAAGGGUGAGAGAAGGCAGGGCUGUCAACAUCCACAUGUUUUGUGCUCGUAGACCAGGUCUGUUGCUCUCCACUAUGAGGGCUCUAGACAAUCUUGGGCUGGAUAUUCAGCAAGCUGUCAUCAGCUGUUUCAAUGGGUUUGCUUUGGAUGUAUUCCGAGCUGAGCAAUGCGGUGAAGGCCCUGACGUGCUGCCUGAACAGAUCAAAGCAGUACUUCUGGAUUCCGCUGGGUUCCAUGGUGUGAUGUAGCUAGCUAGCUAGCUCGAAGAUUUGGAGAGAGGUUCGAAAGUAAUUUUUGUUUUUUCCAGCGAUGUGAUAUGGAACCACCAGCUUUGCCUAAAUGUGAAUUGAUCCUGCAAGACCAAAUUGAUCAAGUAGGGCAGCAAAUUUUCAUCAAGAUGUGUAGGUUAUUAAUUUAGUUUCUUUAAUAUAUGAUGCAGAAAAGAACGGGAAGCAUUGUGUGCUUAUUUUCUGAAUUUUCUUUUUGUGUGUAUUGUGUACCUGAGUAAUGGCAGGAACUUUGGGAACCGACCUACUUAUUCUUCUUCUU